AUGACAACUACAGAGCCAGUCACCAGACUUCGACAUCGAAGCAGCGCUCACGAGGCAGAUGACAUCUCCAGCUAUGUAGGAAACAGUGACGACAUGCAAGAAGAAGCUCAAAGGGAACUGCAGAAAUACUUGCAGAUGGUCAAGACGAAAGUCCUGCGGCAGGUCGAAGAGCAGAUGAGCAUCAUCCUGGACAACGCUCUGCGCGAGUCCAUCCAGCCCGCCACAAGCAGCCAGUCCAAGGUCAACGGAAAGACCACAGCCAAGCAGACAUCCAAUACCCAGCGACUGGAUGGUGGGAAAGUUUUCAUGGACAGAGCCUCCCUGUUGGAUGAGCUGUUUGAGAUCAACCACAUCAGAACCAUCUACCACAUGUUCAUCGCUGUGCUCCUAAUCUUCUUCUUCAGCACCUUGAUUAUCGACUACAUCGACCAGGGCAGGUUGGUGCUGGAGUUCGACAUGCUAUUCUACGCCUUUGGGCAGCCCGGCACCGUCGUCUGGGCCUGGACCAUCAUGUUCGCUUACACCUUGCUCGUGCCCUUCUACACGCUGAAGUUUUGGAGUUCUUUGUAUCACAAAUUCUCCCAGAAGUUGGCGCUGUCUCUGGGGAUAGGCCUGGCCUUAUCUACCGUACAGAGCUUCAUACUCGGACUGUUUCCCAUUUACGUGGUCGUCCACCACCAGCUGCCACCCGCCUCCCGAUUCAUUGUGAUACUGGAGCAGAUUCGAUUCCUGAUGAAAGCCUACUCCUUCCUGAGAGAAACGGCUCCUGACAUUAUCAAAAACACACCCAAAGAAGGAGAAAAUCCCAGAUUCCCAACGUUUUCCAGCUAUUUGUAUUUCCUCUUCUGUCCAACUCUCAUCUACAGGGAAUCCUACCCUCGUAACAGCCACAUAAGAUGGAGGUAUGUUGGCGUUACGUCUGGCAUGAUUUUGGGAUGCCUCUUUUAUGGUUACUUCAUCCUGGAGCGUCUCUGCGUGCCAAUCUUCCGAGCUGAGGCCAACCAGCCAUUCAGCAAACGAAGAAUGGUUCUCUCCAUUUUUCACUCCAUCCUACCAGGGAUAAUGCUCCUGCUUCUCUGUUUCUUCGCCUUCCUGCACUGUUGGCUCAACCUCUUUGGAGAGUUGCUGCGUUUUGCUGACAGGAUGUUCUACAAGGACUGGUGGAACUCAACAUCCUUCACAAACUACUAUCGGACCUGGAACGUUGUGGUUCACGACUGGCUGUAUCAGUACGGCUACAGAGACUUCCUUUUGCUGUCGAAGAGGAAGUUUCGAGCAGCUGCCAUGCUCUCCGUCUUCAUCGUCUCCGCCAUCGUCCACGAGUACGCUCUGUCCAUGGGCUUCGGCUUCUUCUACCCCGUCAUGAUGUUUCUCUUUGGGAUCUUUGGAGUGCUGUUCAACUUUACCAUGAACGACAAGCGGCAGAGACCCAUGUUCAACGUCAUCGUGUGGGCGUGCCUCUUCCUGGGUCAGGGCGUCCAGGUGUCUCUGUACAGCCAGGAGUGGUACGCCCAGAUCCACUGCCCACGAACAGGGAAUAGUGUGUGGGAGCUGCUGAUUCCUCGAUCGUGGUCCUGCUUCUACCAGAGAUAAAGCCGCCUCUCCCCC